UACUAUGUACUCUAGUCUGCAGGUUAUGUAGCAUGGUUAGUGCAUUCACCCUCCCUGCUAUUAGUAGUAUUACUGUAGUUUUGAGUAGGUCUGAUCUGACUCAUCGCCACCUUGAUUCUCCGUGCUUGAAGUCUGCUAAUCUGCCAACAUCCCGCCUGCCAGGAAUCAGUUGUAGAAUUUGGAAAUCUCCAAAAAUCAGCCCAACGAAAAUGAAGUUUUGAAGGCUUGGGAUUGGAGAGCCUUCGUUUAUGACGUGAAAAUGAGUCAUGGGCUUGCGCCAAGCAAGAGUACGGUGUACGUGUCUAAUUUGCCAUUCUCUCUGACCAACAAUGACUUACACCAGAUUUUCGAGAAAUGUGGUCGUGUGGUGAAGGUGACGAACUUGACGGACAAAGAAACGCGUGAGAACCGCGGUGUUGCGUUCAUUCUAUUCAUUGACCGGCAGACGGCAGCCAAAGCGGUGGCAAUGUUCAAUGGCAAGGAGCUGAUGGGCCGCACGCUAAAGGCAAGCGUGGCAAAAGACAAUGGACGCGCAUCGGAAUUCAUCCGCCGCAAGACGUACAAAGAUAAAACCCGCUGCUACCAGUGUGGCGAGUUUGGCCACCUGAGCUACAAUUGUCCACGCAACCUGCUUGGCGACCGUGAGCAGCCGAAGAAGAAGGAAAGAAAGCGGAAAUCUAAAUCAACUACAGAAGGAGAUGCAGCUGGUGCGGAAGAGUAUGAAGAAGAGGAAGAAGAAGAGGUAGAAGACGACUUCAGUCUCCACCAGGCAAUUCGCCAUUGUCAGCUGGUCAGAGAGGUUGAAGAGAACAUGGGGGAAUCUACUGCCGGAGCUAGGCCGGACUCGGAAGCUGGUCCUCCUCCAGCCAAACGAUCUAAACAAUCGGAGGAAAGCUACUUCUCAGACGAGGACUGAGCAUUCAAGACUGUUCCUCUGUAAGAUACAUGUAGCUCAUUUGUGUACAUACACAGUGUAAAUACCUACUUCAGAAGUAUACAGUUGCAUCAAUGCCAUCAUACUCAUUGCCCUAUUUAGUGUUGCAUGCAUGCUUGCUCUGUCUCUAUCUCUGUCUUUGUCUCUGUCUGUCUGUCUCUGUGUCUGUCUCUCUCUCUGUCUCUGUCUCUCUCUCUCUCUCUCUCUCUCUCUCUCUCUCUCUCUCUCUCUCUCUCUCUCUCUCUCUCUCUCCCUCCCUCCCUCUCUCGCUCUCUCCCUCGCUGUCUCUCCUCUCUCUCUCUCUCUCUCUCUCUCUCUCUCUCUCUCUCUCUCUCUCUCUCUCUCUCUCUCUCUCUCUCUCUCUCUCUCUCUCUCUCUCUCUCUCUCUCUCUCUCUCUCUCUCUCUCUCUCUCUCUCUCUCUCUCUCUCUCUCUCUCUCUCUCUCUCUCUCUCUCUCUCUCUCUCUCUUCAACCAUGAGCUCUGUACAUAUUGCAGUCCAUAUCAUUUUGCCAGCACAUGUACUGUAAAAGUAGCUGCACCCCAUUGUAUAUUCUUCCAGUACCUCAAACAGCUACAAUGUACUUCAGUACAUAACAUUGUUCAUUGUACAUUGUACAUUGUACAUUGUAUAUUGUAUAUUGUACCAGUACACAUACUUGGCCUAGCCACAUAAUUAUUAUUCUAUGUUCUGUCACUACUGUAAAGCGGGAACUGUUUGCGCCGGUUUUAGUUUGCGAUUCACGUAACAAAUUUGCACCUGGAAAUGUUUGCGAUUGAAGUCAAUUUCAUUAGUUUAUUACUACAGUUCUACAUUUCGCGCCAGCUUACUUUUGCGAUUUCACGUCCAUCACGAAAAGCGCAACGGUUUUGCGGUUUACAGUAUUUGACUGGUACAACAUUUACUGAAAUCUCAAUUCACUGUA